GCCGGGCGUUUCCGCUGUGGCCAAUGGCGCGCCGCCGCUGACGUUGUGUAUGGUUUCGCGGCAAAAAAGGAAUUGGCGCGCAAAUGGGCGAGCUGAGGGAGACCGGGGGAUCAGCUGGGAGGCGAAAACAAUAGCAAGUCUGGGAGGAACCGACCGCCGGCGGUGGUGGUACCGGGACCGUGAAUGCCUACAGGAACCAAUAACAAUUUCUUUUAUUGGAGUUCGUCGUGCCUCAGGAAUAAGCCUUUUAUAGGAGAGGACAACACACUGACAUUAUUCCCGCACCCCCCUCCCAAUACAUGAAUCUUUGCACUAAUAUAAAUAUGUGCUUUGGGGUUUUAGCAGCUUUUCCUAUAGACUUCUUAUUUUAACCCUGUCCCUGCCUUGGUGUUUUUUUUUCUAUUCUGCUUUGGACUGGGUCAAGCACUUUACCACCCUAUUUCUAUUAGACUUUGUAUUUAAUGUUUUCUGCUCUGUUUUUAGCCAGUUUAGGCUUUUUUUCUGCACUUAGAUACAUUUUUUGAGGGUUUGGGUGAAGCUAUUCUUGAGUUAUUACAGGGCAGUUCAUGGGGUUAUAUAAAUGCCUAUUAAAUGUAGUGCAUUUUGUUGAUUCAGUCGUUUUAGUUCCCCUUUAAUUCAGUGCAUUUUGUUAUUUCAGUUGCUUUAGUUCCCCUUUAAUUCAGUGCAUAUUGUUUUGAGGGCUUGCAUUGUUUUGUAAUUAGUAGUGUAUUUUGUUCUGAGCCUUUGCUUUAUAGAGUUUUUGUAAUUAAGUGUUUUUUGUGCUAAGAACUUGUAGUUUCCCUUUAAUUCAGUGCAUUUUGUUGUUUUAGUUCCCCUUUAAUUCAGUGCAUUUUGUUGUUUUAGUUCCCCUUUAAUUCAGUGCAUUGUUUUGUUAUUAGUAGUGUGUUUUGUUCUGAGCCUUUGCUUUAUAGAGUUUUUGUAAUUGAGUUUUUUGUUCUAAGACGUUGUAGUUGCCCUUUAACACAGUGAAUUUUGCUAGAAGUCUCUCCCUUUUAUACACUGAAUUUUGGCCUUCGGGGCUGCAUUCUAAGUCGCCGUCGGAGCUUACGUAUUUCGACAAGAAGAUCUCAAAAGACAAGACUUUUGCUUAUCAGAGGCGCCCGACAUUGUGAUCCUUUUGUUGACAGGUGCAGCCUGUGUGAAUGAGCAAGCAGAAAGUUAGCUGGUUUUAAAGAUUUUAGCACUUUGCAAAACCAUUUCCCCCCUUUUAUAUUACUGAGUUGUUAUGGAUACUUGGAAAUGGCAUUUAUUUUGGGGCUGAAUCUGGAUGUUCCAUGAUGUUUGCUCAAAGGCUGUUUUCACCUGCACCCCCCUUUUUGUUGUCCCAUGGUCCAGCCCAGGGGUUGCUGUUGGCUUAAAGCUCCAUUGGAACACUUAGGCCUCUGUUGUAUUAUCAGCUGUUUUCUUCUGUUAUGGGAACUCUUGAAGCAAAGAUGAACACCACCAUCUGAUCAUGUCCCAGGAGUUUGGGGUGUCUUAUAGCUGCAGUGAAGGAGAUUUUGGGGCUCUCUGGGAAGCUGGAACCUUCCAGGUGGCUGAACAGCAGAUUGUUAUUAUAUCCACCCCAGAUGUCCCUGCUGAAGCUGCUGGAAACCCUGGUCUCAGUGAGGCAGAGUUAAUGCUUUUUACCACCCCUCAGGGUCCUUCCACGUCAUACACUGCACAGAGGCCUGAUCUUGGACGCCCACCGGUAAAAAGGAAGUUAGAUUUGGAAACUGUAUCCAGAUAUAAUCAAGAAGCGCUACAGACACCCCGCGGGAAGGGGAAAAGACCUCUGAAAGCAGUGAAAUCCCCAGGGGAGCGGUCACGAUAUGAUACAUCCCUGCAUCUUACAACCAAACGUUUUCUGGAACUUCUAAGCCAAUCUUCAGAUGGAGUAGUGGAUCUGAACUGGGCUGCUCAGGUUCUGAAUGUGCAGAAAAGGAGAAUAUAUGACAUCACCAAUGUAUUGGAAGGGAUCCACUUAAUCACUAAAAAAUCCAAAAACCACAUACAAUGGCUGGGAUAUACAUCAUAUGCGGAAUACAACAGCAGAUACCAGAGUGCAUUGAAGGAUUGCCAGAAGUUAGAGGACCAAGAGAAACAAUUAGACAAACUUAUUCACAUGGCCAACACUCAGUUGAAAUUGUUUAAAGAAGAAGAGUGUCAUAAUUUUGGAUAUGUAACCUGUCAGGACCUUCGAAGCAUUGCAGAUCCAUCUGAACGAAUGUUAAUGGUUAUUAGGUAUCCACCAGACACAGAUAUGUGUGUUUCAGAUCCUGCUGAGGCUUUUCAGAUGUCUCUAAAAAGCACACAGGCGCCCAUUGAUGUAUUUCUCUGCCCAGAUGACAGUUCUGGUGUGUGCAGUCCAGUCACAAGUCCCACUAAAACUAGCCAAGCAGAGCCCUCAUCCAUUAACCAAGCAGAGCCCUUGCCUUCCGUCCAACCUAAAGAGGAAUCGCCUGCUUCCAUCCCUAUGCUGGACAUUGGGCUUGGGCUGCUGUCUGACAUGCAAGAGCCGUUCCUGCCACCAGAGAAUGAAAUACCUCUUGAUUCUACCUUGAAUUGUCUCCCACUUUCUCCCUCUAACCUCCUCCUGGACUACCGGGAUGCUAUGCCGGACUUUCUCCCCAAUGACUUCAUCAGCCUGUCUCCUGCUUCAUCACAGGAGUACAGCUUUGGAUUGCAAACCUGCGAGGGUGCUGCAGAACUUUUCAACUUCGACUGUGACUUUAGUGGCCUCACAGCUCUGGAUUUGUAAAAUAGUGCCUGAAUAGGAUAUUUUUUUUUUUUGUCUAGCACAGAACCUAUUACCAAUAAUCAUUCAUUGCUGCUCCAGUUCCUAAUUGUCUUAUAAGGCUAUAUAUUCCUAUGGUCCACAUUCCUUUUGGAGGUUCAUGUUUGUAAUGCAAGAAAAUCGAUUUUGGAGAUGUUAAUUUGUAUUACUAAUCAAGCGCCAAAAUAAAUGUGUGUGUGAGUAAUAAAUAUAUAUAUAUAUAGUGUAGGUUGUCAGCGCUCAGGUUUUAAGUAAUAAAGCAAAAAAGGCAACAAAUUGAAAAAUCAAGCAGUGAGGUUUAUUUCAGUCCUAUACAGGGACAUUCGUCAGGGAUCGAAAGUCCCUGUAUAGGACUGAAACAUCGGAACAAAUAAACCUCACUGCUUGAUUUUUCUAUUUGUUGCCUUUUUUGCUUUAUUACUUAAAACCUAUGAGUGCUGACAACCUACACUAUAUAACCUACACUAUAUUUGAUUCCUCGCUCUGGCACCUAGGUAUCGCAUUCUUAUGGUGUGCUUCCUUUUCCAUAUAUAUAUAUAUAUAUAUAUAUAUAUAUAUAUAUAUAUAUAUAUAUAUAUAUAUAUAUACGCACACACACCUCUCUCCCUACUGCAGAAGAUUAAACAAGAAACGAGAGGUUAUAGUCUGGUCUUAGCACUUAUAUUUACCCAUAUGUGUGUGUGUAUGGGGGAAAUGAUGCAUUUUUAAAAUGUUUUUCAGAGGGGUUAAGGGCUUGGUGUGGGUGGUGGAGAAAAGUGAGGCUUUAAUAAUGAACCUUCAAGCAGAUGAACUGGUUGCUGAUGGCCUAACCACUUCAGUAUGUUAGUACGUAAGAGCUCUCAGCACAGACAGUCUUCGUGUCAUUCUUUCUCUGAAUGAAGAGCUUUGGGCCGCCCCUAUUUCUUUUCCCCGCUCUUGGCAUUUCCUGUGCAUCCUUAUAGAGGAAGUAGUAUGCAUUGUGACACAUUUUGUUUUAAUUUAUUAAAUCCCAGCAGCAUUGUUGUCCCUUCCUUUAACCUUACGAACACCCCGUGCAAACAGCUUGCUGCCGGUGUUCUAUAGUGUUGUGGUUUUAUAUAAUAUAUAAUUUGUUCCCUAUGCUGUUUAUUAUGUUGAUCACUUAAGUUACAGAUUUUGUAUAUAAAAAUGCACCAGGCUGAAGCUUUUGAUUUGGAGUGUACAGCUAAAAAGGUUUAAAGAGUUGGGGGGGAUUAUUCUGUAAGUUGGUUGUUUGCGUAUAUUUUUACUUAAAAACUGCCCUUAAAAGUUGUAUUUAUAAGCGAGUUUAUGUAGUAAAGUAAAAGUUAACUUUUUUUUUUUUUCUUCAUUUUGUUCCCUUAAUUGAGGGCUGUUCUGAAUUGAAGAGCAGACGGGAUCAGUGUGUUUGAUUGAGCUAGCUUAAUUUAUCAAUAAAUCUAUUUUCAUUGCCAAUAAAAAAAAACAACUUUUCAGCAAAAA